AAUAAGAGUACAAGAGAGUUUUUCCAACGAUCAAAAAAGUGAGGUUUCCAAUCUAAGGUUUCCAUGGCGAUGAAAACAUCUUCAAGUUUAUCUUCACGGUGGAAGUAUGAUGUGUUUCUCAGUUUCAGAGGCGAAGACACUCGUAAAAGUUUCACAGACCACUUAUACAAGUCUUUGAGCGACAAAAUAAUUUAUACAUUUAGGGACGAUAAGAAGCUUGAAAGAGGAAAGGACGUGGCACCGGAACUUUUGAAAGCAAUUGAAGAAUCAAGAUUUGCAGUUGUCAUUUUAUCCAAAGACUAUGCUUCUUCAACUUGGUGUUUGGUUGAACUUGCAAAUAUUGUUGAAUGUAAGAAAAAACAGGGUCUGAUUGUUCUUCCAGUUUUCUAUCAUGUAGAACCAAAGGAUGUAAGAGAACAAACAGGGGAGUUUGGAGAGGCGUUUGCUAAGCAUUAUAAAACAGAUUCGGAGGAUGAUAUGAGGAAGGUGAAGGAAUGGAGGGAGGCUUUGACUGAAGUAGCCAGCAACAUAGGCGAAAGGCCUUGGCAUAUCAAAGAAAGGGUCAGUACUACGAAUGGGGAGGGGGAUUUCAGCCAAACAUGGUCAAAUCCAGAACCUCACGGGCCUGAGAUAGAAGUUAAUGAGGAUAUUGUUAGAGUUGUUUUGGAAAAAUUGAAUCUGACAUUCUCAACUAGUAACAAUGACCUUAUUGGAAUGGCUUCUCGUCUAGAGAAAAUGCAUGCUCUGUUGAAUAUUACCCAAACAAAGAUUGUUCUCACAGUAGGGAUAUGGGGUAUGGCAGGGAUUGGCAAAACCACCAUUGCUGAACAAGUUAAAAAAGAGAUUUCUCACAAAUUUGAUGCUUGUGCUUUCAUACCCAGUGUAAAAGAGAAAUUUGAAAAAAAUGGUAUAAUCUAUUUACAAAAUCUUCUCUACAAUUACCUGUUGGACCAUGAAGGAAAUAUACAACAUGUUGAAAUGGGAAGAAAUGUUUUGAGGAACAGAUUAUGGUCUAGAAGGGUGCUUAUUAUUUUAGAUGAUGUUGACAAGUUGGAACAAAUAGAAGAUUUAGUUGGGAGUCCUGAACAACAACAUGGUUGGUUAGGUCCUGGGAGUAGAGUCAUUGUGACAACUAAAGAUAAGCACUUGUUGAAGACAUAUGGAGAGAAUAACAUAUAUGAGGUUGGUAGUCUAAAUGAUAAUGAAGCUCUUCAGCUCUUUUCUAGGAAAGCCUUCAAAAGAAACUACCCUUUAGAAGGUUUUGUGCAGCUGUCUCACAGGUUUGUUGAUUAUGCUAAUCGUCAUCCUUUAGCUCUUAAAGUUUUGGGUUCUUUCCUAUUUAAGAGUGACAUGGAUAAAUGGAAAGCCACAUUAAAUAAGUUUAAUGAGCUUACGAUAAGGAAUUCAAUAGAAAGCAACAAUGGGAAGACCACAUCAAAGAAAACUCCUGAACAACAAAUAUUUCAUGUGCUUGAGAUAAGUUUUGAUGGAUUGGAUGAUGAUCAGAAGGAAAUAUUUUUAGACAUAGCAUGUUUCUUCAAAGGAGAGAAAGAAUAUCUUGUCAAAAAGAUAUUGAAAGCUUGCGGAUUUCAUCCGAUGAUCGAUAUAAAGUUGCUGAUUGAGAAAUCUCUGAUAACCAUGAUAGGAGGUAAAUUAUGGAUGCAUGAUUUAUUACAACAAUUUGGUCAGUACAUUGUUUAUCGAGAAUCUUGUGAGGAGCCUGGUAAACGCAGCAGGAUAUGGUCUCAUCAAGAUGCAUGUGAUGUGCUUGAGAAUAAUACGGGAACAGAUGCUGUCAAAGGCAUAUUCCUUAGUUUUCCUAAGAAUGAAGAGCUAAAUUUGAGUACAGUACGUGUUGACCCAAUUUUACAGAUGAAAAACCUAAGAUUGUUGAAGUUUCAGAAUGUGGUGUUUCCUAAAUGUGUUGGAUAUCUUCCUAAUGAGUUACGACUUUUGGAAUGGCAUGCAUAUCCUCAGAAAUCUAUGCCAUCAAGUUUUUGUCCAAAUAAACUUGUUGAACUCAACAUGUCUAACAGCCGCAUUGAACAACUUUGGAAGGAAACUACACAUGAUUUGGAACUGUUAAUAUCAAUCAAUCUUAGCCAUUGUGUGUACUUGAACCAAAUCCCGGACCUCGAAAGGGUUCCCAAUCUUGAAAGGCUGAUUCUUGAAGGUUGCAAAGGAUUAUCAGAAGUUCACCCAUCAAUUGGAGAGCUCAAGAAACUUGUUAUACUUAACUUGAAAGGCUGUGAAUCACUCAAGCAUCUUUCCCAAUGCAUCAGCUUAGAAUCUCUCCAAACUCUCAUUCUUUCAGGAUGCACAACACUUACUAAGUUUCCUGAGAUUGUGGGAAAUAUGGAUUGUUUGUCGCAACUCUAUUUGGAUGGGACCGCAAUUAAAGAGCUGCCAAUAUCAAUUGAGCACUUAAGUGGCCUUAUUUUGUUGAAUCUAAGAGAUUGCAAGAGCCUUUUGAAACUUCCAGAUGAACUUUGCAGCUUGACAUCUCUGAAAACUCUGGAUAUAUCAGGAUGUACACAUGUUGAGCAUCUUCCAGAAAAUAUAGGGAGCUUGGAACAAUUGGAGACUCUUGACGGAAGUAGAACUGCAAUAAGAAAAGCACCAUCCUACAAAAUACUUCUGAAAAACCUUAAAUGCCUUCGUUUUGCCGAAUGUUCUGGUGUGGCACAUAGAUCAUGGUGGUCUGCUUUCGGUUGCUGCUUGUUGCCGAUGGAAGAACCCAUCCAUUUCCAGUUACCUAAUCCAUUGUCUGCUCAUUUUAUCUCUUUGACAUUAUUAUGUCUGAGGAAAUGCAAUCUUCCAAAUGAAGCAAUCCCAAAAGAUAUCAGUUGUUUGUCAUCGCUCAAACUUUUAGAUUUGGGUGAAAACAAUUUUACGAGGUUACCUGAUAGCAUUUCUCAACUUUUUAAUCUUAGACAUCUUUUUUUGAAUGAGUGUAAGAAGCUUGAAUCCUUGCCAAAACUGCCAUUGAGUGUAAAACAUGUAUAUGUACGUGGAUGUCCUAAGCUGAAACAUUCAAACGAUAAAAUGACAAUUUGGACUUCUGAUAGGGGAUUCACUCGCAUAUAUUAUCAGGACUCAGACAAGGAGGCGGCUAUGGAUGUAUAUAAGUUCAGAGAACACGUUGAAACGCUCUACUCCAAAGAUCUUGAGGACUAUUUUUCUGAUGAAGAAAUGCCAUUGAAAUUUGCCUUUGCCUGUACAAGAAUUCCUGAGUGGUGCAGUCAACAAAAUAUUGGGGCUUCAUCAAGAAUCCAACUGCCUUUGGAGGAUAAUGGUAAAACAUGGAUGGGAUUUGCCAUAUUUGCUGAAUUCCGUUAUGAAUUAGAUUGGAGGUUAGAAAAUGCUUAUUUUCAUUUUGAAACCGAUAAAGGAGAUCUUGGAAAUGAGCAUUUUGUCAUGGAUCGUAGCUGGAUUUCAAGCUUUGAUUUGUCAUAUGGAGUUUGCAUCUAUAUUCCGCGAGCAAAAUUCGAGAAAGAGUUGAGCAAAGCAAGUCAUGUUUCUGCUUCAAUUUCAACAGACAAAUCACAUAUAAAGGCAGAUAUGUGUGGGAUGCAUUUAUUGUUUAACAAGGAUGUGCCAGAAUUUAGUAAAAACUUAGCUGAAAUAGUAAGUAGUGGUAUAAAUUUUAACGAUAUUAAAGGAAGAAAAGAAAUAAAGGCAACUGAAUUUGAAACAUCUGAUGGGGCCAAUAUUCAAUCCAACCCACAUAAACAAGUCAAAGAAGAGAACUGCAAAAGUUCUACUCAGUCAGAUUCAGACACUAAGACGAGAAGAGAUCUAGAAUGGUUGGUUCGAAUACUCCUUCGGCGAUGUGAUGCACAUAACUAUGGUUUUGCUUUUCAUUUUCCUCUAAAAGCAAUUCCAACCUGGUUCUUCCAUCACAGUGCAGCUCCCUUUGUAGUUUCUUACCUUCCUAUGAACUUAUCUGAUGAGAAGCCAUGGAUAGGAUUUUGCCUAUAUGUUCUACUUACUUGGCCUAACAAUUUGGAUUCACAAACUCCACUAGGCCUUGAUUGCGAAUUUCAAAUCCAUGGAGAUGGUGGUACAAAGUCAACAAAGUGUACCAUCUCCAUUAAACAUAAACUCGUAUUACUGAAUACCCCACGAGUUUAUGUCAAAGCAAUGUCGAAUCAAUGUCUAGUGGUAAGUGCUUCAUUUAGGGUGAGUAUUCCUGAAGUGGAGGUUGAAAUGUGUGGGAUCCGACAAGUAAAUGAGCAAGAUUUGGAAAAUGUAAUACAAAUGAUAACUGACAUCGCCUCAAGUAGUCGUGAUUUUUGCUAUGAAGAACUUGGUAAUCCCUCCGGUGCUGUUGAAUUUGGUGAGCCUGAAGUGGAGAUACCUAUCGAUUUUGAAUAUUGUGAAAGGCAAGUUCCCCAAUACUUUUAUUAUGGUAUGCAUUCAUAAAUUCAUAAAUUAAUAGUCUUAGUUUUGAGUUUUGACAUAUAGUUUCUCAUUGUAUCAUAGGGAAUCCUUGAAAGAGGCACUAUCCAGUACUAACCGCAUCUAUAGUUUUCCUUUUUCAUCAAGGGAAAAAGUAGGACGGCCUUGUAUUGAAUCUACCUAUCAAGUAAUUCAAGAAAGCACUAGAAAAGAUUCAAGGCCUGUUUUCAUCAACUUACAGAUAGUGGCAGAGAAUGCACUUAAAGUAAAUGAUUUAAUGAAGUGGCGAGAAAGAAUUGAGGAGUCACUUAAAAACCUCAGCGGGUUUGAUGUUGUUAUUGCUCUCAUUCUUGAGGGACAUGUCAUAUCUGUUUUGAAGCCUUUUAAUCCUUUCUCAAACUACAACUUAUGUUUUCCACAGAAGGAAAUUCUUGAUUUCUUUGAAGGUCAUCAGCAGGUUUCUCAGCCAAACAUGAAAGUCGAAUUACCUCCAAAUGUGAAUGGUGAUAAAAAUUGGAGGGGGUUGGCUGUUUGUGUUUCUUUUUCAAUACAUGAACAUCCAACUGCUGUCCUUGAUCACAAGAGUUUGGAACUCCCUUUUGGACUAAGGUGCCAUUUGAACACUGAAGAAUAUUCUUUUCAUCCUCCAGUGUAUAUUGCAAACAAAGUCAAAUUCACUUGGUUAUAUAUACGAGGAUUCAUUUGGUUAACCUACAUACCAAGUUAUGAGUUUGCAGGACACUUGAUUGAGCAAAGCUACUUAGACAUUCACAUCUUCAGUGAGUGCCCUGGUUUGGUUGUUAGGGAUCUAAGCGUACGUUUUUUGUACCAGCAAGAUGUGGAAGAACUUGCACAGUCAAUAGCCAAAUGCACGACCUCAUUCUUUGACAAUUUGGAUCCUAUUCGGCAAAUUAUGGCCCAUCAACACUGCGAAUGCUUUUUCCAUUUUUACCGUGGUUGUUCUUUGCACUAUUUGGCUGAAAUAGCCACUUAUUGUGGCUUUGAAAAUCAAAACCCAUCUCUUGCUGCUAAGACAGAAUCCAUCUACCCAAGAAAAAGUGGAUUGGACUUUGAUCGAGGCACGAUAUAUGACUCAUUUUUCCCUCCUACUGAAAUUCUAGACUGGUUCAGACAUCACAAUAAUGGCUCUUCAGUGACAAUUCAGCUACCAUCAAAUGUAUAUGAUAGCAAUUGGCUAGGAUUGGCUCUGUGUUCAUAUUUUUCAGGCCUCCAACAUCAAGAAAUCCCUCAUAAUGUCACUUGCCAACUGAAAACUGAGAAGGUUGGUCUAGAAGCUUGGCAUGAGUAUCAAAUAACUAAUGAGGAAUCGAGGAAGUUAAAUACUGGAGAAUUCAUAUGGGUGUCUUUUAUACCACGUCUCUGGUUUACAGAUCAGUUGAAUCUAUGCAGUGUCAUUGAGGCUUCGUUUGAAAGCGAUAAACAAGAGCUAUCUGCUUAUAAGUGUGGUCUUCGUCUUCUGAACCCAGGUGAUGAGGAAGAGUUUAAGAAGACAAUAAACCACUGCAUGUCCUCAUUUUCUGACGGCCUAUCAGACUCAAACAGCUUUACUCAAGAAACCUCAACAAGGAAAACUGGAAGAACGACCAAACAACCAGAACGAAAAGAUAAAGGUAAAGGAAUUCAGCAAUAACAUCUCUGCCUCUCUCCUUAAUCACCAUGAGGAAGCUGAUCGUUACAUAUCCAGAUAUCUCUGAUCCCCAGCUCCACUCUCACGUGCCCAUUCAUUCACCAGUCUGUAAUUCUCUGUUUUCAUUUAAUUAUAUAAUCAAAAGUUGUGCUGUGCUGCUUAAUUUUUUGAAGUUGCUUAAUUAGGAAGAAAAGAAGCUUGUCAAGUUUUUCUUCAACUCCUUAAUUAGUCUGUUGAUUGUUUCUUUCCCAUCGUGAUUAGAUGUGAAUAGUUGAAAAUUUUGAGUCAUUCAUGCAUGAUGUAAUUUCAACUUCAGAUGGCUUCGGCAUUUAUGUAAUAUUAUAAGAUUUCUCGU